AUGGCUCUGACAAUGUUUCAGCUGAUACAUAAAACAACUUGCUUCCUAUCGCUGGGACGCAUUGCUCAACAAUACAGACAUAACAAGAUCCAACAAAUUAUUCAGACAGUAAAAAUCUCACAGAUUAUCGUCGUAAACCAAAACGUCUCGUUGAAUGGCCUAACUUUAAGAAUAUCGUUCGCCGCCACAAGCCUUCCAUCACAACUUGCCACCGUAGGGCAAGUUGCUAAUGUGAAUACGAACCUUCAAAACCUUCAACAGAAACAUUUCGUAUUUGCCAAUGAACCUGACGUUCAGGCAACGUUUGAACAUAAUAUGCUGGCAUCCCUGUCCGAAAUAAUCAGAUCAAAACUCAAUAGGCCCGCGAUAUUUGCUCGUCAUAGUGUUCUAUCUAUUAUCGAUGAUCUUAAUAAUACGAUCAUACCUAAUAACAACGAUAACAACACCGUUCGUAUAACACCACGAUCAACAAUAUUCAAAACCUUGUACAAAAAAAGAGACUGA